UUGUAGUUUGGCAAUCUAUAAAACCUUGAAAUGUCCGUGAAUUGAAAUUUGAUAAUCCUCGGUGUUUUUCGAUACUCUGCGAUUUAAAACUGCUUUGUCAGCUGUUCCACUCGACCUUGUUGUACGCGAAAAAGUUUUGGAAUUAUCAAAUUUAAAAAAAAAAGAACUUUAAAAAUGCCGGAGGAAAAAUUAAGUUUGCAGGAGCUGUGGAAGAGAGUCUCCACAUCUGACAGUGGCUCGUUAAUGAAAAAACAUUUGACCCCUUCAGUGUACAACAGACUAAAAUCUAAAGUGACCGAUUAUGGAGGAACUUUGGCGGAUUGUAUACGAUCAGGAUGCAUGCAUUUGAAGAGCCAUUGUGGAAUUUACGCCUCAGACCCGGAAGCAUAUGACACAUUUUCUGACGUAUUCUAUCCCAUAAUACGCGAAUACCACAAAGUUGACAAACUUGAACACCCUGCUCCUGACUUUGGUGAUCUCAACAAUCUUGGUUUCGGUGACCUUGACCCCAAAGGACAAUUUAUAAACUCAACCAGAAUUCGAGUAGGGAGGAGUCAUGCAAAUUAUGGCUUCCCACCAACAUCAACAAAGGAGGACCGACUCGAGAUGGAAAAAAUGACAGUAGAUGCAUUGAGGACACUUCGAGGUGAGCUUGCAGGCAAAUACUACCCCCUAACGGGCAUGACCCCAGCGGUACAGAAACAGAUGACAGAGGACCAUUUCCUAUUCAGGGACGACGACCCUGUAUUGGGGGAUGCUCACGGAUACGAUGACUGGCCGGCAGGUCGUGGAAUCUUCUUUAGCAACAACAAGAAGUUCCUGGUCUGGGUGAACGAAGAGGACCAUCUUCGUAUCAUUUCCAUGCAGCAAGGAGGCCACCUGGCCGAGGUCUGGCAGAGACUUGUUAAGGGUCUACACGCCCUGGAGAAGAAGUUGACCUUUGCCCACCACCCAAAGUUUGGUUAUCUGACAUUUUGCCCGACCAACCUUGGCACCACCCUGAGAGCCAGUGUGCAUAUUCGUAUUCCCCACCUCUCAAAACACAAGGACUUCAAUAAGAUCUGUGAAGGCUUGAACCUUCAGCCAAGAGGUAUACAUGGAGAACAUUCUGAUAGUGUUGGUGGCGUGUAUGACAUCUCCAACAAGAGACGUAUGGGACUCUCUGAGAUCGAGGCAGUCCAGGAAAUGAGGCGUGGCGUAGAGAAAAUCAUCGAACUUGAAUCUGGUUUGAAAACCAAAGGCAAAUUGUAAAUUAUGAGACUUUCAAAGACUCUAGUAUAUUUUGUGACAGAAUAUCUCACUAUUUUAUGAAAAUAAAUUCAUGACUUAUGUGUUUUGUACAACUCUAACUUGGAAAUUUAACGACAAAAACAAUAUUUUUGUAAUUUCAUGUGACACUGUGUGCUAAUUUUUGAAAUAAAACCUAAAAGUUU